CGAACCACCCCCGCCGUUGCAGCUUCAUUAUCAGUCGCCGUGGUCCUCGAUUACAACCAUGGCAGCGACCGAUUCGGCUGUUCAGGACCCUCUCCUCUCGCUCCGGCGCGCCAUUGCUGCAGGUAGCCUCCCAACGCCGACGACCUCCUCCGAGCUGUCAGACCAGCAUGCGACAGACAACCUAGCCCAGGCGACACACCUGUUCUUCUCCCAGCCAUCACCCCACACAUUCCCCUUGACUGAGCCCACGCGCUUUGUCUCAAACACGACAGAAACCGCCGUCGAUCUGCGCAGUAUCUUUUUCGCGUGGCAGAAGAAGGAUGUCGCGAUUCCGGAGUACAUCGCUUCUGCACAAGAGCUGAACGAGGCGCUCAAGCAGAAGGAACCUCAGGAGGGCGGGAAGGAGGAGGUGAUUCAGAACCUUGUUUUCGUCGAGCGUCUGGACCUCAUCACUUGGUUGGAGGGUGCUUCCGAUGAGAGCGAACACAUCAAGCCGCUUGAGGGCGCCGCUGCUGCUGCCGAAGCCGCUGCCGCUGCUGCAGGUCAGGCUCAAGCAGAGGCCGCCGCCGGUGUGGCCUCCGGCGCUGCUGGAGGUAUUUCAACGGUGCCCAGCGCAGCUGCCGCAGCUCCUGGUCAAGCGGGUCGCCCGCAGAAGCAGAUUGAUCCUCGGCUGCAGGAGAUCUAUAAUGGGGAGCGCAAGACGGGUGAUCGUAACACCUUACUUCGGGGAAUCAAGCCAACUGACUUCUCCCACGUCCGAAAAAGUGCUGCUAUCUUCUUCGACCGCAGCCGUGACCGUCCAGGCCAGCCUGGCGCCAAACCCGGCGCCAAACCCUCGUCAAUGGUGCCCGCACCCUCAGCCGGCCUAUCUAUGCCAUCUCGCAAAUCAAGCUCUCGUCCCGACCCCAUCAUCCUCCUCUCACCUUCCGCCUCAUCUCUUAUCCGCAUGUCGAACAUUAAGUCUUUCCUACAAGACGGCGUCUUUGUUCCACCAGACCACCCAACCCUGAGCAUGUCUACCGAGGCCAACUUCAUGGAACUCAAGCGACCACUGCGUCUAAAGAACGACCCAUCCAAUCCUUCCGCUAAUGCCAUCGGCUCAGCCGGCGGUGGUCGCGGGCCCAAACCUACCAAGUUUAUUCUCGUUGACGGCACAACCAACUUCAAGCCAGAAUACUGGUCACGUCUCGUGGCUGUCUUUACUACCGGGCAGACCUGGCAGUUUAAGUCGUACAAAUGGUCCUCGCCACCAGAGCUUUUCAAACAUGCUACCGGCAUCUACGUUGGCUGGCGUGGCGAGGACGUCCCCUCUACGGUCAAGGGCUGGGGUCGUGGAGUAGACACCUUUGCUGUUGAGCGGUGGGAUGAGAAGGGCGGCAUUCAUGGAGGUGGCCGUUGGCGGGAUCGCGAAGUUGUCGAGGGUAUCUGGACCGCCAUUGAGGAAGGCAUGAGAAUUCGAGGAUGGGGGUCGAAAUAGAGAAUCUUUCGAUCCCUGCUCAUGCCUCUGUUUCUCCUGGAAAUCACCCGUGUUUUAUUACCUUGGUCAUGCGCAUUCCCCUUCCUCUUUUCCCGCUUCGCGCCUUCCUUUGUCAUUUUCAACACCUUCCACCUGACCCAAGAAAUUAAGCUUGAUGAUAUGUGCAUGCAGGGUCCACGUGGGUUCCGGCGUUUCAAUUGGGGGGUUUAAAUCUACAUUACACUGGGUACAUUUACCUGUUUGUUUACAGCUAUGUGAUAAUCGCAUACAAAAACGACUUGAAAUCAACUAUUCUGGGAUAUACCUGAUGAAAACCAUAAUACUAUUUCCCAGACAUCAACUUCUGUUGAUUUAGAUGGACCGAGCAUGAAAGUGCAAGCGUGCUCAACGUCUAGCUCCUAUGGUUUCAGACCCCGGUUGACACUAAUGAACCCAAGGUUCCAGGCAUUGGCCUGUUCCUUUUGAUGAUAGAGCCUUUAAAACUUGAUAUCAAGGUUAAUCAAUAUUAAUAUAUUCAAGGGAGAUUGAGUAGCUUUGAUUGUCAAAGUGGCCAGGUCGCUCUGCCGAUUUCUAGCCUGCAUUCGAAGCCAGCAACAAAAGAAAAUUUGGAAGAACGAUGCAUCAAUAUAAAGGGAA